AAUUUACAAACAAACAAAAUGGAGGAAGGUCCUGACUCGUCAAUACAGGUGCUACGCGAAUCAUCAGCUGACAAAGAAAAUGUAUCAUCGUACGAGCCUCCGACUAAAAAAAUGAAAGUAACAGAUGUAUCAGCAGAGGGAAAACAUAAGCUUGAAGAUAGACUGAGUGGCAUUUUAUGUUGUGCAGUUUGUUUAGACCUCCCGACAUCAUGUUAUCAGUGCAGCAAUGGACAUCUAAUGUGUGCUGGUUGUUUCAACCACUUAUUAGCUGACGCACGCAUAAAAGAUGAAACUGCCACUUGUCCAAAUUGUCGGUGUGAAAUAAAUCGUAAUGUCUGUAUCCGUAACUUAGCAGUGGAAAAAGCAGUGUCAGAGCUGCCAUCUGACUGCGCCUUCUGCAACCAGAAACUUCCACGUUACCAGUUGGAGUACCACCAGAGGGAGAUGUGUCAGGAGAGGCCCUGCUCAUGCAGAUAUUCCCGCAUUGGUUGCCACUGGGAGGGCCCAUUCCAUGAAGUUGCUGAGCAUGAAAGUGGCUGCGCCCAUCCCAUGAAGACUGGUGAGGAAGUGAUGGCAGCCCUUGAAGUCUUAGAUGCUCAAAGACAGGAGGAGCAGAAGCUGUACAAUGAUAUCUUCUCACUCUUGUCCUUUGAAAAGAUCACCUUCAAUGAUCUUCAGUUGAAACCAUUCCGAACAGAUGAUUUCAUUACACGCUUGUACUACGAAACAUCACGCUUCACUGCCUUCAAUCAACAAUGGGUGAUUAGAGCUAAAAUCAAUUCUGACCACAAGAAUCCAACACACACAAUGACUAGAUCAUUGUCAUACCAACUUGUUGUUAAAUCAAAGCUCACAGCACCUAUGGUAAUGCAUUUUCUUGCCUUGAGUGGACCAUUUGGUGGCAUAAAGAUGAAGUCCAAGAUUUACAAUUUUGAAUUCACCCCAGAUAUAGCAGAAACAGAAUACCUGGACCUGCCUAUAGACUCGGCAGAAUGCAACAAAUUGUUAGCCUCCAAGACCAUCAACUUUAGAAUAGUUAUGUUUCAAGUAACUAAGUAACUUAAGUUGCUUGGACCAUUUGUUUAAUUAUGUGCCAGUCAUUUUAUUUUCCCAUUUGUUGUACAGUUAAUGUAGAUUAGAUGUCACCAUUCAACUUUGACUAGGAUUGUAUGUUCUUAGAUUUAUAGGCCUACUAACAUCAAUUGACAUUAAAGAGAUACAAUCUAGUCUUUUUUAAAUCAAUGAAAGAAAGUAAUGUUUACGAGUAACAUCAAGACCUGUUAAAAACAAUGACAUCACUUUAUCAUUAAAAAACAUGAAUAUUUAAUAAUAAAAAUAACUUUUAUUUAUUAUAUAUUAUAUUUUAAACAUUCAUUAAAAUUAUUUUUGAAUAUUUUAGUUUCUAAAAUAUUAAAAUAUGAGGUAUUUCAUUUAUUAGUAGAAGAGUAUCAUUUAGAAGAGUGGUCACCUUAACUGUAGUAUGUGGUUGGAUUUUAGCUCAGGUUUGGAAUAUGUCCCCAAGAUUUGUCCAGCUUGACAUAACAUCAGGGAAAUAAAGACCACCAGUGUAUUCUGCUGACCACUGCUUUUAUAAUUUGUAUACUACAAUCAAGGGGAUUUUAUGUCUAGUUACUAAUACAAUAAUCUUAGGGAAAUUAUACGUUUUAUACAGUACAACUUAAAUGAACACAAGCAGCUGAACACAGUAGGAAAUUGAAACUCAUCCUUUAGGUUUGCAUUAAAAGUGUGUGCAUGUGUACAUAAUCGUACAUUGAUGUGAGUGCUGAUUUCAGUGGUUAAUUUAACAUUUAUGAAUAAACUGUAAAAAUAAUUAUGCCUUAUUUAGAGCUUAUAGUCUAUAUGUUGCUACCCAGUUGUUUAUUUAAUUUUGAUUUAACAAUAGGUUUUUUUAAUGGCUGUGCAUACAGUUAAAAUGUUCUUGUGUCAUUUUUUGCACAGAAACUUCAUUAAAUAUGUUUCUGUGUGCAUAUUAUGAUGAAUUUUAAUUGUAGCUUGUGGGUCAAAGAAUAAAUUAUAUAAAAUAUCUCAUCCAAUUAACAUAUUUUAAAAACUUCAAUCUUGCCAUUCAGUUAAGGCAGUUUUUCCUGCCUAACCUUUCCACUGCAAAAGUUAUAUAACAUGUAGCAUUAAGUAUUGUACAUCUUGUCUAUUAGUAUUACCAGUGUACAGUUGUGUAGGCUUUAAUAAUCAUUAGCAGUUCAUUAGUGUUACAUCAACUGUUUUAGGAGCUUACAAGAAACAGUUUAUUACAUUAUGUACAAUGUUUGUAAUUAUUAAAUAAUUAGUCAUUUAAGUUAUUGCCAUUAUAAAUUAUUAACUGUAAUAAUUUAUGAUGAGAGAAUACUCAUUUUAAAAGCACUUGAAUUUGAAAAAAAAUGACCAAAUAUUGUCUAAGGCAUGAAUAAUCUCCUAUAUUUGUACUACGAAUUUCACAUAUAAUUCAUGCUUAUUUGCUAGCACAUAUUAACUGAGGCAAGUAUUGUAGUGUUAAUUAUGUUUUCUUUAUAUCAACUCUAAAAUUAGGCUAUCACAAAAAUGCUUUUAAUACUAAAAAAAGAACUGUAAUUUUAACAUGUACAUUUCUUGUCAUGUUAAAUGCUUUUAAUACUAAAAAAAGAACUGUAAUUUUAACAUGUACAUUUCUUGUCAUGUUUAAAUAAGUGUAGUUUUGCAAUUCCUUCUUCGCUUUUACUUAACCAUGUACAUUUUAAUGACAAUAAUUUUAAUUUUAAGCUUUAUUUUAUUUCAUCUUUUAAUUCUAAAACAUUUAUUGGCCCAAAACUUCAAAGUGAAAUUGAUUGCAAAACAAACUAUUUUAAGAUUAGCAUGAUUUUUUUUAAUUGAAGUUUUCUUUCAUUAUAAGAAUGUUUAUUAUGGAAAACUAUCAUUUCUCAUAAAAUGCUUUCCCCACCCCCACCCCCUGACUACAAUGUUAUACAUCUUUGGUGAACAUUCUCGUAUAAUAUUUAGGCUCAGGAGAAUCUGCUAUCCAUUAUAACAAUAAAUUUAAACUUUGGAUUAACUGGUGUAUUGUUUUUACUAGUAGCAGUAGAAGUUUUUAUCAGAUAAAAAUAUUUUAAUUGGAACCUCUUUGAUUAUUGUAGAGUAUUGUGUAAAUUUUAAACCAGAGCCUUCCUUAUAAUGAACUACUGUUAUGAAUAAUUAUUUUGUUACUGGUUUUUUUCCUCACAUUUUCUACCAUAUUCAGCCCUCAAUUUAGUUGACUUUUAAAAUAUUUUUUUUAAAUUUGUAUUUCUUCUUUUUCUCAUCUAAAAACACCAGGUGAAAUAUUUGAUAUUUAUGCUUUGUACAUAGUAUUUUCUCUAGUACAUGAAUAAAAUUAGUGGUUGAAUAAUGUCCACUGAACUUGAAUAAACUGACUGAUAACACACACAGCAAAGCUAAAUGAUAUUACAAUUACAAUAGAAUUACUUUGGGUCUCUAUAACAGGACAAAGUAGAAGCUGUGAGGUAUUAAAUGUAUGUUAAACUUGAGAAGAUGUAGCCUAUUUGUUUUAUCUGCGUUGGUAAUUUAAGGUGUUAAUAAGAAUAAUGUUUAUAUAUUUUUAUAUUGUGUAGAUAAACAGUCAGUGGCUAUAAAGAAAGAGACUUAUUCUAAAAAUAAUUUUUAGCCUGACUCCUAUGUAUAUUUGUUGUAGUCUUACCGAUUAAAGAUGGGCAUUUUUUUUCCAAUAUCUUUACAUCUAUUCAUUAAUGAAAGAAUAUUAUGCCCCAUACACUAUUUAUUUAUUAUUUUAUAAUGCCCUAGUCCUAAUGGCUGAUGACUUGCAUUAUUUGGAUUUAUCUAUUAUUUCAUGUAUUCAUUAUGUGAUGAAGUGGUAGUAAUACAAAACUGUUUUGGAAAAAACUCAUCUAUGUUAAGAAAUUCUGUAUCUAUUAAACAUUGCAAUUAACUACAGAUACUAGAUGUAAUACUGCUCUCAAGCACAACUUAGGGCAGACAGUUUUGUAAAUAUGUAAAAACAGGAAUGUAUAUACAAGUGGAUUCUCUUUUAUAUUAUAGAUAAAUUAGACAGAUUUUGCUUCAUUUUAUUUUUACCAUUUUUCUCUUAAAUAUCAUGUCAAAAUAAAAUCAACCUCUUAAAUUUUUAAAAGUUAUUUAAAUUAUGACAACAUUGAUUUGAACCUUAAAGCACAUCUCGUUACAACUAGUGGUAACUUUUUUAAGUUGUUUAAAGUUGCAACCAGUUUAUAUAAUUUAGAAAAUACUUUCAAUACACUAUUCAAUAGCUAUUUCUUCAGCUUUUUUUGAAUAUUUUUAAAGUUUGUUUUAAAUCCAUAAAAUAGUUUAGGAAUACAAAACUUCAAAAUCUAGAAUAAAGUGUUUAAAUAGAAAAUGUUUUUUCAAAAAUUAAUGUUAGUGGUCAUUUUCAUUGGGAUCUCUAUAAAUUAAACAUUGCAAUAGUAUGA